CUUCACCAGGCACAAUCAUCAGAAUGAGAUGCAGGAAAAUAUUUUCAUUUUACCGUUCAGUAUGAGAAACAUUUUACAAAUGAUAAUCGUGUAUGCCCAAAAGGUAUUUGUGCGGAUCUGCGAAUCCGGUUUUUGUGGAAUAAUUCGACCAAAGGUUAUAAUGUAGCAGCGGUGAAGAGUAAUUACAAUCAUACGGCUUCAUCCCACACCGGCAGCAGGAGAGCGCUGGCGAAUGUUCUCGGCCACCUGGAGCAGAAGGUUCAGCGCGGAAGAAAUGUUACCAGACAUCGCCGAUCUGGUGUCUGGACUUUUUUGAUAAUUUCAUAGAGAUUGGGUGUGCAGAUUGGCGGUUGGAGUUCUGGGAGGGAACGACUGGUAACUUUAAGGGUAUAUAUGAAGCCGAAAACACCCACAACAAUGAGGUAACUAACAUAAAGCUCGCCGGUGACAAAGUGAUAUUCGCACGGUUGAGUGGACGAAUCGAUUCUCUGAGACUGGAAACGUACACGCAAGGUUGUCAGAUCGAUUGGGGAUUUACGUCUGCAUAUGGGUGAACCCACGUACGCACCGGUUCGGCAGGAAGCAUUAGUUUAUUUCAGCAAUCCGUCCACAACGUUGCCAGCUCAACAUAACGCAUCCGAGGAGGAGCUUCGAUGUAUUCUGGAGUUUCACCAGCAGGGUUACCGGUGACAUGUUUGGAUGUGGCGGGCAGUACAGUCAUGACUUGCAGCCAGGGCCACACUGUUAAAGUGUUCCGACUCGAUAGCCAUCUAUUGCAGUUCACCCUAUGUUGACGUUUCACACUAGCACUGAUCUCAACACAGCAUAGCUGUAUGAUUGACAGAUGAGACGAAUGAGCGUGUCGUUCUCACUGUUAAAUACAUAUGUGUAGAAACUUAACGAAAGAAGUGAGAGACAUUGAAGAGAGGAGAGAUGGGGAUAAAAUAAUGAGAGAAGAAAUUAAUGUUUCGAGAGAAGUCUCCAGCAUAUGUUUUUGUAACUUUCUGUGUAUGUGGUAUGAGUUUGAAAAUUAUCGUCAUUCGUAAUCAGCCUUCAUAGCGAUAGGUUCGUCACCGUCCGUAGUGACGUAUAAAGAAUUGUACUUAGUCUGUAAUAUUAUGUAGUGAAAGUAUAGUUUAGAGUGAAAUAUACGUGUAAAGUAAUAAAUGUUGAGUAGUGUCAGGAAAUAAAGUGUUUGAUGUGUAAUGUGUUAUGUGUGUAUUACAUAACUUCCGAACUGGCACAGUGACGCUAUCUGCGCAAGGGUAGUCCAACUAAAUUUACGAUUGGACACGGAAAAAUCGGGUACGGACUAAAACCACGGAGGAACGCUAUUUGGCAAGGGUCACAACAUUGGUGCCGUGACCAGGAUAGUGUUCCAAGGAACCGACGCGGCGUCGGUAACACCAUUUUGAGUCCGAGGACAAAGCAGAUACCGCCAUCGCGCGCAGUCGCCAUCAUUCUACUUGCGUACAGCCAUUGCGACUCAGCAGUUCUGGAUUCGUUUGACGUCGCCAUUGGAGUUUUUCGGAUUAGACCAGGGAAGCUAAAAUAUACAAGGCCUAUUGGAUAGGCUCACAAGGUGAGUAUCUGUCCAAUAACUCCAUCUAAGCUUUCAUCGCUACCUGGUCGUUUUUUUCUACGUUUAUUUCUUGGGUAAAUACUUCACUACGCACGGUGUUCAUACGGUGGACGAAACACCUUGAACGGAGGGGACUUCCAUUCUCUUUCUCGGAUAGUAUUUUGGCAUCGGAGGAAGUUUCCUGGAUCAACAACAGGACGAUCGCUUGGUACGAGGAUCGCUGUGCAUGGCUUGGGAGGUUACGGAGAACGUCGCUGGUAUACUCUGACAAGGUUGUUCAUCAGCAACGGGUUGGUAAUUCGCCGGCGGCCAUUUUGGAAGACGGAGUCUACAUUCAUCGUCAGAAGUGCUGAAAUACGGUAGCGAAACGCUACCACCUGUGGUUCUUCUACACAACGGGAAGAAGGAACGAGUCGCAGUUAUAAAGUCGAGUACAAGGCCUGUAGUGACAGGCUCCCAGGUGAGUACCUGUCCUACUCGACAUAUUGGUUUCGUUUUGUGCUGCGCUUGUGCAUAUUUACAGUUUUGCAAACAAUACUGUCGGCAUCAUUCGGAUCAUCGGGUCAUCAUACGGCUGUCUUGGUUACUGACGACAUUAUUGAGGAUCUGGAGAAAAUUGGUAGCAGCUUUACGAGUUUUUUGGAGAGUUCCUGAGAGACAAAAAUACAAGGCCUAUUUGACAGGCUCACCAGGUGAGUACCUGUCCAAAUCGAUACAUCUCUCUUGGAAGGGUUCUCCGCUUGGUAUUUUUCUAGGAGACGAUUGCUGAUCCAAAACUCUCCAGCUCAACGGAUCUGACUAUGGGUAAGAAACUGAAACCCAAGAUCCACGUUCGGGAUAGCAUCGUAGAUUUUCUACUGCGAACGGAGAAAUUUCUCAACAGUAGCCAAGCAACCGACGAACUCCAAAUACAGUUUCGUCUGGAGAAACUCGAGGCGAAGUGGGACGAGUUUGAGGAGGUUCAAUGCGAUAUCGAGGGAUCGGAGGAGCAUGAAGAGAACACGGAGGCACAUCGGCAAGUUCGGGCGGAAUUCGAGGAGAAAUAUUUCGAGGUAAGGGCAGGGUUGGUUGGCAAGUUACCACGGCGGACUCCAGCGCCGACACAAAACGGAUCUAGUUCCGAACCGGCUGGUGUACACACUUAUGUGCGACUACCACAAAUAAAUCUACCGGAAUUUGAUGGUAGUUUCGAAAAAUGGUUGCCUUUUCAUGACACAUUUCGAGCCUUGAUUGACUCUUCACCGGAACUCAGUGGUAUUCAAAAAUUCCACUAUCUGCGGGCGUCUCUUAGGGGUGAUGCGUUAAAGUUGGUUGAUUCGUACCCAAUGAGCGAGGCGAAUUACAGGGUUGCUUGGAAUGGUUUGGUUGCACGGUUCUCUAAUGGAUAUCUUCUCAAGAAGCGGCAUUUGAAUGCGAUGUUCGAGUUCCCGAAAAUUCGGAAAGAGUCAGCAGCGGGGAUUCAUGACGUCAUCGAUUGUUUCGAACGUAACACCAAAAUCUUGGAUCAACUGGGUGAGAAGACUAGUGGCUGGGGAGCAAUGCUUACUCAUCUAUUGGUAUCUAAGCUCGACGACGUCACACAAAAACAUUGGGAGGAAAGCGUUUCUAAUGAGGUCGAACCUUCGUUUACAAUACUGGUGGAUUUUCUCAAAAAACAAACACGGGUUUUAGAUGCAGUUUCGGUGGACCAACGGAUGACUACGUCAAGCAGUCAAGCUGCAUCAACUGGGUUCAAAUCUCGUCCUGCAAAGGUUUCGGUCAACUCGGCGACCGGAAACAAAGGUCCAAGCUGCGCAUCCUGUGGUGAUCAGCAUUCUAUCGCUCAAUGUACGGCAUUCAGCAAACUUCCGGUGGACCAACGGCUACAGCUAACAAAUUCAAAGCGUCUUUGCAGCAAUUGUUUGGGACGAAAUCAUAUGGCGAGAGACUGUCCUUCCAAAUUUCGGUGCAGAACUUGCUCUAAAAGGCACCAUUCUCUUCUUCAUCCUGGAUUUCCUGGUUCUGGUACUGCUUCCACCUCCACUGCCUCUUCUUCAGCCACACAAAGCAUACAAGCUACGGCUCCAUCAACCUCUGGUGGUGCAUCGAACUCCGGUGGUACAGUAACAAGUUCGGUUGCAUCAAUUUCCUCCAAUAUGGCUAUGGGGCUUUCUGGAACACAUGUAUUUUUGUUAACGGCGGUGUUGAAAAUAAAGGACAGCUGGGGUAGAACGCAUCUCGCUAGGGCAUUGUUGGAUUCCGGUUCUCAAGCGAAUCUGAUGUCGGAGAAUUUGUCUCAUCUACUCAAACUACCUAGACGAAAUAAAAGAGUAGAAAUCAGCGGUAUUGGGUGCUCAAAGAAAAGUAUAGCUCACGAAGUUUCUGCUGUUGUUUCGUCACGGGUUUUGGAUUUUUCUUUGUCAAUGGACUUUCUGGUUUUGAGGCAGGUAACAAGCGACCAGCCGUCUACUUCUUUACCAUUGGCAGAUUGGAAACCACCAAACGGCAUGGAGCUAGCCGAUCCGGAAUUCUUCGUCUCUGGUCCGAUCGAUUUGGUGCUUGGGUCUCAAUUCUUCUACGAUUUUCAUCUACUCGAUGGUGGCCGGAUACAAAUUUGCAAACUCGGAUCUCCUUUGCCGAUAUUCGUCAACACGGUAUUUGGUUGGGUAGCUGCGGGCGAGUCGGAGUGGUCUACAGGAAAAGCUACCGUUAGUUGUCACGUAGCGAUCGCCGAGCCGCUUGAUAAGAUCAUCGAGAAAUUCUGGGCAAUUGAGGAGUUGUCAGAGAAGCCACUUCGAUCACAGGAAGAGAAGGACUGCGAACAACACUUUCAAAGCACGUUCACCCGUGACGAAUCGGGACGCUAUAUAGUGCAGUACCCAAAACGGAAUGGGUUCCACGACAAAAUCGGCGAUUCGAAGGGUGCGGCCUUACGACGAUUUCGGCAGCUAGAAAGGCGUUUGGAAAGGGAUUCAGACUUACGUGAUCAUUACAACGAAUUCCUACAAGAAUACCUUGCAAUGGGGCAUAUGCAACUGAUCGGAGAAAUGGAGGAUACACUGGAUGAAGGGCGCACUACUUACUAUUUGCCCCAUCAUCCUGUGUUUAAAGAGUCUAGCUCAACGACCAAGGUACGGGUAGUGUUCGAUGGAUCAGCGAAAACCACAACAAAUCACUCGCUGAACGACACUCUACUUACGGGUCCAGUAAUUCAGGACGAGCUACUGGACAUCAUGAUCCGUUUUCGCAAGCACGCCGUCGCGUUAGUUGCAGAUGUGGCCAAAAUGUAUAGGCAGGUACGCAUUCACCCGGAGGACGCGUCGCUUCAACGGAUCCUGUGGCGCUUCGAUCAGGCUGAACCGAUCAAGGUGUACGAGCUACAGACGGUCACUUACGGUUUAGCGCCUUCAUCUUUCCUUGCCACUCGCGUACUAAAACAGCUUGCCAUAGACGCCGGUGACAAAUACGAGUACGCUGGUCCUGCUAUAAAGAAAGAUUUUUAUAUGGACGAUUUUCUUUCCGGAGCGGAAUCGAUUUCGAAGGCGAAACGUUUGCGAAGCGAAGUUCAAUCCCUUAUGGCUGAAGGCGGAUUCGAUUUGCGGAAGUGGAGCUCCAAUCAACCGGAGGCUUUAGCCGACUUACCUUCCACAGCUCUAGAGGAGCAAUCCACGCUACAUUUCGAUGCAGAAACAAAGGUGAAGACGCUUGGAGUAGUGUGGGAGACAGGAACGGACCAACUGUGUGUUGAGAUACGAGCAACGGAAUAUGACGAUCAAUGGACAAAAAGGAAGAUAUUUUCGGAGAUUGCGCAAUUAUACGACCCGCUUGGUAUCGUGUCACCUGUGAUUGCUUGGGCAAAAAUUCGGAUGCAACACCUUUGGUUAGUUAACGUCGACUGGGAUGAUCCGAUUCCACGCGAGAUCGAAUCUAAAUGGAAUGAUUUCCAUUCACAGCUGCCCCUACUAAAGCAAUACAAAGUUCCCCGUUAUAUAUUUUCAUCGGAAGCUACAACGGUUCAGUUCCAUGUUUUCUGCGACGCAUCUGAAGUAGGCUACGGAGCAUGUAUUUACGCUCGCUCAGCCAGCAAGGAAGGUAAAGCUCAAAUCCAGCUCAUUGCGGCAAAAUCAAGAGUCGCGCCAAUCAAACGUCUUAGUUUACCGCGCCUUGAGCUGUGUGCUGCAUUAUUGGGUGCCAAACUCUAUACUAGAGUAUCCGCAGCGCUGGGGAUGGAGGGAAAUCCUUGCUGGUUCUGGUCCGACUCGACGGUCACGUUGCACUGGAUCGCAGCACCCCCAAACACUUGGCAAACGUUUGUGGGCAAUCGCACAUCUGAAAUCCAGCUACUGACACACGGACAUCCCUGGAACCACGUGAAGGGUACAGAUAAUCCGGCGGAUCACGUUUCGCGUGGUAUGCUGCCGGCAGAUUUCAUCGUCGAAAUUCUUUGGAGGAAUGGUCCCGGAUGGCUGGCAGACGAAGUGGAUAAAUGGCCAAAGCAUGUACACCCGCUUCUUCCAAACGAGGACCUCCUGGAACGAAAGAAAACGGUUUUAGUGGUUCAGUCAACGUCGCAGGAAAACCCGUUAUUUGAGCGCUAUUCUUCAUUCGGGCGUCUAGUUCGAAUCACUGCUUACCUUCGUCGAUUCAUUACACGCUGCCGCUCUAAACGUCAUGCAUAUGAAGCAUUCCUUUCGACGGUGGAGCUGCAAGAAGCAAAGCAAACCUUAGUAAAGGUGGUUCAACAAGAAGUGUUCCCAGAAGAGUUGAUUAAGUUGAAACAAAAACGUUCGGUUCCCUCGAAAUCACCCCUGAAAAAUCGAUAUCCUUUCCUAGACGAGAAUGGCAUAAUACGUGUCGGUGGCCGGCUGCAUUUCUCCAACGAAACCUACCAAACCAAGCACCCUAUGGCUCUUCCCAACAAGCACCCCCUUUCUCGUAUAAUUGCAGCGCAUUUCCACUCGCAAUGUUUUCAUUCUGGCCCCCGAAUGACCCUGGCAACAAUGCGUCGAGAAUUCUGGCCGGUUCGCGGAAAAACUCUUGCCAAUUAUGUGUGUCGCAAAUGUACAAUUUGUUUUCGCCACAACCCUGUCCCUGUAGCCCAACCUCAAGGACAGCUUCCCAAGGCACGCAUUGUCCCUAGUCGACCAUUCUCAAUCACCGGUGUCGACUACUGUGGCCCUAUAUACCUAAAACCUGUUCAUCGACGAGCGGCCCCGCAAAAGGUUUUCAUUGCUGUGUUUGUUUGCUUCGCUACCAAGGCCACUCACCUGGAACUCGUGUGCGAUUUGUCAACGGACGCAUUCAUUGCCGCACUUCGACGCUUUAUUGCCCGGCGCGGCUUGCCAACGGAAAUCCAUUCUGAUAAUGGCACAAACUUCAAAGGAGCAAAAACCACACUCACGGAAAUGCACCGCAUAUUUAGCAUCAAACACAACAAAGAAAAAAUAAUUAAUGAAUGCAGCAGCAAAGGAAUCACUUGGCGGUUCAUUCCACCUCGAGCACCAAAUUUUGGCGGCCUUUGGGAAGCAGCUGUCAAGACAGCGAAGUCCUCUCUGGUAAAAACAAUCGGCUGCCGAAAACUAUCAUACGAGGACAUGGUCACUGUUCUCUACCAGAUCGAGGCAAACAUGAACACUCGCCCACUAACGCCACUAUCCGAUGACCCGACCGAAUUAGACGCACUAACACCCGGCCAUUUCCUGACUGGCGGUCCACUUUUAACCCUCCCGGACCCUCAGUACACCGAAAUACCAACAAACCGAUUGCGGCACUAUCAGCAGUUGCAACAACUGAUUCAACAUCACUGGCAACGUUGGCGGAAGGAAUAUCUUACCGAGCUCAAUCAGCAGUGGCAGAAAUCCAGUUCUCCGGUGGACAUCCGUGUUGGCCAAAUGGUAUUGCUGCAGGAGGAUGGAAAACCUUCCGUCGCUUGGCCACUAGCAAGGAUCGAAGCAGUUCAACCCGGCGAUGAUGACAUCAUUCGUGUUGCAACUAUCAAAACAAGAAGUGGAACAUACAUACGACCGAUUCGCAGAUUGUUUCCACUUCCUUUCGACCAGCAAUUGGCGGUGCAGCAACAGCAACGAGCAGCAGCUGAAAGUGAAGAAAAGUUGUUAGAAAAUUAAUCAUACUUACCUGUUUAUUUGAUGAUCCAAUAUAUGUAAAUUAGACUUAGCUAAUUUAGGUGGCCGGUAAUGUUGACGUUUCACACUAGCACUGAUCUCAACACAGCAUAGCUGUAUGAUUGACAGAUGAGACGAAUGAGCGUGUCGUUCUCACUGUUAAAUACAUAUGUGUAGAAACUUAACGAAAGAAGUGAGAGACAUUGAAGAGAGGAGAGAUGGGGAUAAAAUAAUGAGAGAAGAAAUUAAUGUUUCGAGAGAAGUCUCCAGCAUAUGUUUUUGUAACUUUCUGUGUAUGUGGUAUGAGUUUGAAAAUUAUCGUCAUUCGUAAUCAGCCUUCAUAGCGAUAGGUUCGUCACCGUCCGUAGUGACGUAUAAAGAAUUGUACUUAGUCUGUAAUAUUAUGUAGUGAAAGUAUAGUUUAGAGUGAAAUAUACGUGUAAAGUAAUAAAUGUUGAGUAGUGUCAGGAAAUAAAGUGUUUGAUGUGUAAUGUGUUAUGUGUGUAUUACAUAACUUCCGAACUGGCACAGUGACGCUAUCUGCGCAAGGGUAGUCCAACUAAAUUUACGAUUGGACACGGAAAAAUCGGGUACGGACUAAAACCACGGAGGAACGCUAUUUGGCAAGGGUCACAACACCCUAAAAGGCCUUUGCGGUCCUAUCACAUGUAUUUUCAUAGACCAGUGGCAGGCCGAGAUGGGCGCAUCUGGUCGCCAAGAUGGUGUGCUAUGUGUGUGGGGCUUGAACUAGAACAGCUCCUACAAGACAAUGGUUACGAGAGUGUUCAGCAGGCCGUUGGUAAAGGAGUGGAUAAUUUUUAUAGUGUCGAUUGUUGAUAACAGGGCCAUUUAAUGGCGCCGCAAUUAAAUAUAGAAAGUUACUAAAUACAUUUUGAUAAUAAACAAGACUUCUAUUUACAUUGCUUUCAAUCAGAUAAUUUAUGUUAGAACUUGCUUUUCCUCUUCUAUUUUCCCGUUACCGCCUCCAGUGACCACGUGGAUGCUUUCGGUCACGGUAGAAUCCUUAAUUUUUCGUUUUCGCCUGCUACCAUUCCUUGACCUUUCGUGCAGCUUCUUGUGUCCCAUCAAAUGACUAUGUUCAACGAAUCUUUUUCCACACUAUUCACAGCCAUGGGGUCGUUCGCCAACAUGCCUGCGAUUAUGCUGGGUUAAAUGUGCUCUUCGAAGAAACUCCUGCCCGCAGAGGUCACAUUUGUACGCGCGUUCGUUUGUAUGGAUUUGCAUGUGCCGAGUCAUGUGAGAAUAUUUUUUAAACCCGCCACCACAGACUUCACAUCUGAAUUCUCGACCUUUGCUGUGGAUAAGUUUGUGCUGCGUAAGUUCUUUAGAUUCAAGAAACUUUCUACCACAGAUGUCGCAACUAAAUAUUUGAUCCGCAAGAUUCAUGUCGAUGUGAACAAGCUGGUGACGUUUCAAACUGCUGCUUUCCACGUAGCCUUUGCCACAGAUAUCACACUUAUACGGACGCUCGCCAGUAUGCAUGCACAUGUGGCGAGUGAGUUCAGCACUAGUUAUGAAUUCUUUGCCACAAAUAUCGCACUCUCCGAAAGCUCCGAAAAACGGGUUCUCAAAAAAUCUAACUUAUUUUCGAAGCAUAUGAAUUCAUGAAGCGGAAUAAGCAUAUCAUAACAACUUACCGUUCACCUAUCUCCACCUUACCGUCCUAUCACAUGUAUUUUCAUACACCUGUGGCAGGCCGAGAUGGGCGCAUCUAGUUGCCAUUGCCAGGAUGGUGUGCUAUGUGUGUGGGACACAUUUAGGUUCACUAGUCGUAUGGGACGACAAUACUGGAUAUGUAGCUCGGGAAGUCAGGCUUGACUGUUCCAAUUCACAACUAAGUCCGAAGAUUAUGCUAUCUGCCAGUGGUUCGGUAAUUUGUGACUACGGAAAUCAAAUGUGAAUCGUUCGUUUCCCACCUGUGGCGGCGGAAAAGUGGUUCGGUCCGGGGAAUCGUAAUGGGCCAGCUAAAGAAAACAAAUGCACAGCAGUAGCCUCUGAACGAAGCCAUUGCUAGCACGAGUCUUUGAUU